AUGGUUGAAUCACCUCCGCAAAUUCUUCGACUCUCAGUUGGCAGAGUUAGCGAGACGUUUGAAGUGGAUUUGUCGAAGUCAGCCGAUCUUCACCUAACUACGCAGUUUCCACUCGUGAACACCACAGAAAUGUUCACUUUGAAAAUAUUACAAAAGAAUCUCUUCCGGCCGGAUGCGCUGCUAUUUAAUGAAGCUACUGUGUCACUUAAUGAAUUACUCAGGGAAUCAGCAGUACAUCGUGGGCCAAUAAUCAAAGCAAUGCACUUAAGAAAAGAUAUCAGAGACAAAGCCAAGCCAGUCGAGAGCGUGGCUGUGAAGUUUGUCGCUCAGCUUUUCGACGCAAAUAUGUGA